AUGGAGGACACCAAGGACUACGACCUCAAUGCUUCCAUUGAUCCCAAAGGCUUACGGCAAGGUCUGACGUCCUACGGCGAUGCUCAUUUCUCGCUUUUCCUUCGCAAGGUCUUCAUCAAAGCUGCUGGCUACGGCGAGGACGCACUAUCUCGACCCAUCGUUGGCAUCAUCAACACUGGCUCAGGCUUCAACCCAUGUCACGCCAACGUGCCCCAGCUGCUCGAAGCAGUAAAACGUGGGAUUCAUUUACAGGGUGGUCUGGCCAUAGAAUUUCCUACCAUAAGUCUGCAUGAAUCAUUUGCAUCUCCGACCAGCAUGUUCUUACGAAAUCUCAUGUCAAUGGACACUGAGGAGAUGAUCAAAGCUCAACCCGCCGAUGUGGUGGUGAUGAUUGGUGGUUGCGACAAGACUGUCCCUGCGCAGCUUAUGGGAGGAAUAUCGGCCAACAAGCCGGUUCUACCUCUUGUAACUGGACCGAUGAUGCCGGGAUCCUUCAAAGGAGAGCGGAUCGGGGCUUGUACUGAUUGUAGGAACAACUGGGCUGCGUACCGGGCUGGACAGCUUGACAUGGAGGAUAUCAUUGGCAUCAACGAGGAGCUUGCGCCUACAGCAGGCACUUGUGGUGUCAUGGGCACGGCGAGUACCAUGGCGUGCAUCACCGUGGCACUUGGCCUGAUGCCCUUCGGCGGUGCAGCAGCUCCAGCAGUAUCUUCAGCCAGGCUACGCGUCGCCGAACAGACUGGCGUGGAUGCCGUGAAGGUCGCUGCCAACAUUGAGGUAAGUAGACCACAAAGCAUCCUUUCUCGUGAAUCGUUCCUCAACGCAAUGACCGUCUUGCAAGCUAUCGGUGGCUCGACCAAUGCGGUCGUACAUCUUAUGGCCAUCAUCAACCGUCAUCCAAAAACAGCUGGCAUGAUCGACCUCAAGACAUUCGACGAAGUGGGAAGGAAGACACCGCUUCUUGUUGACCUCAAGCCAAGUGGCGGCAAUUACAUGCAUGACUUUCACAACGCCGGAGGCAUGUUGGCUCUUCUCCAUACUCUACGACCACUAUUACACCUCGAUGCCUUGACGAUCACUGGCGAGACACUAGGACAAAGACUAGACGCCACACCCUUCAAGCCCUUCCCAUACUCUAGCAAGCUCAUUCGACCACUUUCGGAUCCACUGUACCGAAGCUCGGCAUUGGUGACUUUAUACGGUAAUCUCGCACCGGAUGGUGCUAUCCUAAAAGCAGCAGCAUCGAAAGACCAGAAUUUACUGGAUUAUGAAGGACCAGCCGUGGUGUUCGAAAACACAACAGAUCUGGCCAAACGUAUCGACAGCGAUGAUCUCGCCGUGACGAAGGACUCCGUGCUCGUGCUGAAAAGUAUUGGGCCGAUAGGGAAUCCUGGCAUGCCAGAAGCAGGUGUGAUACCCAUACCACGAAAGCUCAAGGGCGUCAGUGAUAUGCUACGAUUGUCAGAUGGAAGGAUGUCUGGCACAGCAGGUGGGACGAUAGUGCUACAUAUCUCACCCGAGUCAGGUAUCGUGGACUCACCAUUCGGCAUCGUUCGAGAUGGUGAUUUGAUACGUCUCAGCUUGUCAGAACGUAAGCUCGAGGUCAAGUUGAGUGACGAGGAGAUAACCGAGAGGAUCCGCACGCGAAGUGAGCAGCUCAAGGACAAGCACGUGGCAGUUCAUGGCAAGCGCAUUGUUGGCACAAGAAAACGUGGGUACCGAGGACUAUACGAGUCGCAUGUAAACCAAGCGCAAGAUGGAGCCGACUUUGACUUUUUGACUGCCAAAGGCGAAUCUGCAUACGAUGAUACAACAGCGUCGCCUGAGAUACCAGAUAGCUGA